AUGGAUUAUAGUUUGGUACAAGCUAUUAAAUUUGGUCAUAUUCAAAUCGUUAAAAAUCAUGAUAUCGAAAGUUUAAACAACUCAAGAGGAUUAUCAGGAGAAAGUUAUUUACAUUUAGGUGUAGCAUCAGGAAAUGAAGCGAUAGUUAGAUAUUUAAUUAAAAUUUUAGGAGAUGUAGAUUUAAUGACCAUUAAAGACCACGAAGAAUUAACACCACUACAUUGGGCAUGUUUGGAAGGUAAGCAUUUAGCGUUGGGUGCAAUUUUGGAACACUCUAAAAGAAUCGGCAGAUUGGAAGCAAUUUUAAACUCUAGAGAUGUUAGUGGAGAAUCACCGUUAUAUCUCUGUUGUUUAAAUGGUUUCUAUAAUGGCGCUAAGAUCCUAUUAGAACAACCUUCAAUAGAUAUAAACAUACAAUCGAACAAUGGCAAUACUCCGCUUCAUAUCGCAGUUAUCAACGGUCACAUGAAUUGUAUCGAAUUAUUAAUUCAAAGGGGCUCACUUUAUAAUAUCAAAAAUAAUAAUAAUCAAACUUCAAAAGAACUGUGGUUGAAAUCAUCACUAUCAAAUAAUAAUAGUUAUUUAUUUUAUUCAAAAAAUGACGAUAAAAAAAACGAUUUUUUAAAUUUUAAUACUCACUACAAAAAUAAUUAUAAUCAUGAUGAUACUAUUAUAAAUGCAGAUAGCGGUAACGAUAAUGAUUAUUAUAUAGGUGCAGUCUUGGAAUAUUCACCAAGAAUAUAUAACUACAGAGAUCCAAACGAAACACCAUUAGCAUAUGUUUUAGGCAAUGUUAAAGAAUAUGACGAGUAUGCAAGACAAGCAGCAAGUCAAGGUGCACAAAUUAUAGUAUUCCCAGAAUAUGGUUUGUUGGGUGGGGCCUUUGCAACAAGAGAUGGAGUUUUUCCAUACCUUGAAAUUAUACCAGAUCCAUCAGAAUCCUCAUCACCUAUAAUACCAUGUAAUGGUGAUGAGUUUUUAAAUAGAACUAUUUUGCAGGCAUUAAGUUGUAUUGCAAUCAAAAAUAAAAUUGUUAUGGUCGUUGAUAUGGGCGAUUUGCAAUAUUGCAAUAAUGAAACUGACAGUAAUUGCCCAUCAGAUGGUAGAUUCCAGUACAAUACACAAGUUGCAUUUUCACAAAAGGGUGAGAUAUUGGCAAAAUAUCAUAAAUCGCAUUUAUACGGCGAGUCUUAUUUUAAUCCAUCGAUUCCACCCAAACCAGUAGUAUUUACAACAGAUUUUAAUGUCACAUUUGGUAUGCUUAUUUGUUUUGAUAUUUUAUUUCAAGAGCCACAGCAACAAUUAAUUCAAAAUUAUAGUAUUAAAAAUUUGGUGUACUCCACCGAAUGGGUAAAUGUAAAUUAUGCAUAUGCUCGUGAAAUCCAACAAUCUUGGUCAAAGUUAAAUAAUGCAAACGUUUUAGCAGCCAAUAUUGGUUCAACUUCUUUGGUUAGUGGUUCUGGCAUCUAUUCCAAUGGUAAUUUCCUUUCAUCAUUUUUAAAUCCAACCACUAAACCCGAAAACAAGUUAUUGGUUUCAAGAAUCCCAAAAGACCCAUCUAUUCAAGCACCUAGCGUUAAUCGUAAAGAGUCAGGAGUUCCAAAAGACCCAUCUAUUCAAGCAUCAAGCGUUAAUUAUAAAGAGUCAAAUUACCAAGCUUUUAAACAUGAGUCAUUUGGUAGUAGUGUAGAAACCCCAACCAGUAUUAAUGCCACAAUUGUACCAUUUACAAUCGAACCUAACCAAGUUAAUCAAUCAAUUACAAGUAUAAAUAAUAACUUUACAUGUAAUUUCAUCUACUCAACAUCCUCCAAUGUCGAAUCUGGUCAGUUAUACUCUUUAAUUAGUUUUAGUGGCUUUUUUAAUGGAUUUUUUUAUGCUCAAUUAUGCUCUGCCUCCAGAUGUGGUUCAAACGAUCCUGAAUCUUGUUUCGAUAAUGUUUUCGAAUCUCAAUCAAUUUUUGAAAAUGCAUCAAUAGAUGGAAAUUUUUACGACGAUUAUAGAAUUUAUCCAACUGUGACUACAUAUCCUUUAACCGAAAACUAUUUAAAAAAUUAUAAUUUGGGCGAUUAUUCAUUAAAUAUUUCAGAUAUUAAAGAAUAUUUUGUUGGUAUGAGUUUAUUUGCCAUCCAGUAA